AUGGCAAGCGUGGUGGUGAAGACAAUCUGGCAGUCCAAAGAGAUCCACGAAGCGGGGGACCCACCUGCGGGGGUCGAGAGCCGCGCCCAGCUGGUCCCCGAGGCUCCCGGGGGGGUGACCAGCCCUGCCAAAGGGAUAACGAAGAAAAAGAAGGCCGUGUCCUUCCAUGGGGUGGAGCCCCGGAUGUCCCACGAGUCGAUGCACUGGUGCCUGAACCUCAAGCGGUCCUCUGCCUGCACCAACGUGUCGUUGCUCAACCUGGCCGCCAUGGAGCCGGACUCCUCGGGCACAGACUCGACCACAGAGGACAGUGGUCCCUUGGCACUGCCAGGACCACCUGCUUCCCCUACAACACCCUGGGCUCCAGAGGACCCUGACAUCACAGAACUACUGAGUGGGGUCAACAGUGGGUUGGUACGUGCCAAAGACUCCAUCACCAGCUUGAAGGAAAAGACCACGCGGGUUAAUCAGCACGUUCAGACACUGCAGAGUGAGUGCUCUGUGCUGAGUGAGAAUCUGGAAAGAAGGCGACAGGAGGCGGAAGAGUUGGAGGGGUACUGCAGUCAACUGAAGGAGAACUGCCGCAAGGUGACCCGUUCAGUGGAAGACGCUGAAAUCAAAACCAAUGUCCUGAAGCAGAAUUCUGCCUUGCUGGAGGAGAAGCUAAGAUACCUCCAGCAGCAGCUGCAGGAUGAGACGCCCCGGAGACAGGAGGCCGAGUUGCAGGAGCUGGAGCGAAAGCUGGAGGCUGGCCUCUCCCGGCAUGGCCUGGGCCCUACCACUCCCGUUCAGGGCUGCUCGGGUCCUCCUGGUAGCCCCGAGGAACCCCCGCGGCCUCGAGGCCUGUCCUCCAGUGGCUGGGGCAUGGCAAUCCGCGCCGGGGAGGGACCCUCGCAGAGCGAGCAAGAGUUGCAGAAGGUCUCCACCGGCCUGGAGGAGCUGAGGAGGGAGGUGUCCUCGCUGGCAGCCCGGUGGCAUCAGGAGGAGGGGGCGGUGCAGGAGGCCCUGAGGUUGCUGGGAGGCCUGGGCGGCCGUCUGGAUGGCUUCCUGGGCCAGUGGGAGCGGGCACAGCGGGAACAAGCCCAGACCGCACGGGGCUUGCAGGAGCUACGAGGCCGAGCAGAAGAGUUGUACACUAUGGUGGAGAGGUCGGCGGUGUCUGUCGCCUCACUGAGGAGAGAACUGGAGGCGCUGGGCCCAGUAAAACCCAUUCUGGAGGAGCUGGGAAGGCAACUUCAGAACUCCCGAAGGGGAGCUGACCAUGUCUUGAACUUGGAACGGUCUGCCCAAGGCCCCUGUGCGCUCUGUGUCAGCCAGGGGCAGCCGCUGUCCAUGGAGGCCCUGCAGCAGCUGCUGGAACGUGCGCUGACCCCGCUCUUGGAUGAGGUGAAGCAGAAGGGUCUGGCUCCUGCCUGCCCCAAUUGCCAGAGGCUACACAAGAAGAUUCUGGAGCUGGAGCGCCAGGCCUUGGCCAAACGCGUCAGGGCAGAGGCCCUGAGCUCCACCCUUCGGCUGGCCCAAGACGAGGUCGUUCGGGCCAAGAACCUACUGCUGACGGACAAGAUGAAGCCGGAGGAGAAGGUGGCCACUUUGGACUAUAUGCAUUUGAAGAUGUGCUCCCUCCACGACCAACUCAGCCACCUGACACUUGAGGGGUCCACAGGGGCAAUAGGGGGAGGAAGCACUGGAGGGGCUCCCCCUAAACGUGGGGGCCCAGGCUCUGAACAAUAA